AUGGCGCCUAUAUACCCAAGUUGGAACAAGACGAUUCCGGUUGGACGGCCGUGUGGGCUGGCGUUUCCGGCUGUCGGGAGCCGCCUUCACGGAAGCGCCAAACGGUUCAACGGUCAGCGGCCGACGCGUUUUGUUUGGGCAAGCGGCGGGUUGCCGCCUGAUGACUGUCGUUAUGAAUUAUGAACAAACGGCCGAUUCCGGCUCUUGCGCCAAAACGAUCCUUCUUUCUCUCGCUUCUUCCUGUGUGCUCAAAUGCCGCCGACGCGCAACAUGCCCUAAACCGUUGUCUGAAAGGCUUAACCCGUGUCAUUUCGACAUUGUUUUUGGUUUGAAGUUUUAAAAAGAAGUUGUUGACGUUCAGACAGACUAAAAAGAAAAAAAAAGGGCUAAUAUAUUUAUUUUGCCUUAUGAAUGACUUCAAAAGGGCAGUUUGAAAAAAAUUCAAAGGUUUGGGAGGAAAAAAAUUUUUUUGAAAAUUAGACAGACUUAACAUAAAGUUGAAAAAAAUUAACUUUUUAUCUUUUUUUAAUCAGUCUCAUAUUUUUCAUCCAAAUGUCUCAAUUUCACUCAAUUUUCGAGAAAAUUGAGAAAAAAACCAGGCAAAAAAAUAGGAAUUUCAAAUGACCAAAGGAAGAAUUACAAGCUUCAAUUUUUUUAUAUUUAUUCACUAGUGGUUUCCUGGAACUCAGAGAUUAUAAUUGAACAAUUAUUUCAAAACAUUACUUUUCCACAAAAUGAUUAGCUAGCGCUGAGAAGUUUUAAUAACACAAUUCUGAACUUUUAAACCUUCUCUUAAUACGAAAACACCCCUUUUCCAAUUAGCAGGCGAGCAAAGGCAUUAAUAACAUAAAAACAUUCGUUAUCACAUGCGUGAUAAGUCCAACGCGAGUUCGACCAUUUUUCAUUUUUGCCCUUUUUGUUUCCUAUUCCUCACUGUGAACAGUAAAAAUGUUAUGAAUAUGAUCUAAAAAUUUUUAGACUAAUUGUUCAAAAAUGGCCAGUGACGUGGAGAAAACGACUCAUGAACAGAAGUGCCAUCAAUAUCUCAUUGCAUUAAGGUAAUAUAACGAGUCUUUCAAAGUUUAUUUUCAAGUUUUCAGUAAGCUCAUGCGAAGUUUCUCUCCAGAUAUCCCGUUUGAUGAAACAACGGCUUUCAAUAAUUGCUACAGCAUUUGCGGCAUGAAAGAAGGUGGAUGACACCCAUAAAAAAAAUCAAAACUUUUCAUCUUUAGUGACCGUUUCUUUGAAGUUAGAGACUGAGAAUCUCCAAAAAAUGUAUGAAACUGUGAGAAAACUCCUCAAUUCGACUUCCGGAGGUGACCUGGGAUCUCAUGAUGCUUUUGCCUGCAAGGACGCGUAUGAUUCAAGUUCAAACUUUCCAAUAAACUUCAUUUUCUCUCAGAUGUGAAGAACUUGUGGAAGAUUACGAGCACAGGCGUAGAAGAAAAGCAAACUUUGAAACAAGUCUUUCCUCAGACGUUAGUUCUAUUGAAGUAUGCAUUUUGGAAAUAUUUUAGGAAGAUGAUGACAUUGAUGCUUCAAUGGAAAAUCAGAAGAAAGCGGCUUUCCAAGCUGCAAAAGAUGAGUUCCUAGAAAUAGGUGAAGUUGUAUUUGUAUCAUAGUCCAUUGCAACCGGUUCAGAAGAAGACAACAGAAUAGAAGAAGAAGAAGACGAGGCUGAAGAGCCAAGUUCAGUAAGGGAUUUUAAUCCGUUGGAAUUAUGUUCACUGGUUGUUGGAGCUUUUUUCCGCGCUUUCCGAUCUCAAAGUUUGCAGGAUGAGGUUUUAGCUAAAAAUGUAAGUUCGAAUGUGUUUCGAAAAUGUUUAUUUUUGGCAGUUCUCGCUUAUCAACGAGUUGGUUGAACUUCUGUUAAAUGAAUUCAAGGAGUUGGAUCCAGUUUUUACAAGAUUUUUGCUCGAGCACGUUGCUAUUGGAUUGAAAGUUGGUCUUUCCUGAAUAAACAUCUAAUUGGCAAUUAUUAGGUAGUAAUCGAAACGUAUCGUACACUUCGUAUGUAUCGAGAUUCUGAGAACGAAGGCGGUUUCAUUGAAAAACUCAGUGCAGAUGUUAGCCAGUUGCACUUUCUAAUCGCUCAAUACACAUACGAGUGCUCCUUCAAACUGUCCACAGAAGACUUCAUCGGUCUCUACUGCUCUGAAAAGGAUCUCCAAAUUUUGAUGACGUUAUCACAAAACGCGAUGUUGCAUGCCAUUUACGACAUCGCCGCGCAAAUGAACCAAAAUUGGAAGGUAUUUUUUCGGUGGUAUGAAAAAAAGGCCAGCGUAAAUUCAAACGGCGACUUUUCCGAUGUUUUCAUAUCGUUAGGAAACUUUCCGACGGCUACCUUUUCGACGAAUCUUUUUUUCUCGAUAAAAUCUUCUUAUAUAAAGUAGGUAGUUGGUUCAUGAUUAAAACACAAAGAAAUACAAAAAAAGAAGUUUAUAAAUGUUUUAUAAAUCGAAAAACAUCAGGGAAAAAAAAGUCGGAAAGAAGGCCGUCCGAAAGUACCCUAGCGAUAAGAAAAAAAUCGGAAAAAGUCGCCGUUUGAAUUUUUCGCUGGUGUUUUUUUAUACCACCUAUUUUUCCCUUUUUUUUGAUGUAUUAAUUUUUUUCAGGAAGCUGUGAUAGUCAUGUUUUCUUUUCUGAGUUUGGCCCCUGAUGAAUCGACUCUAAAGUGGCUGACAGAAAAACUCAGAGUUUUCAUCUCUUGGACUGCGCCAGUUGAUUCUGAAUCAUUCAAUCGCCUCAUAGUUGAGCUUCUCCUACUGAAAUCCAGCGAAGGUUACUCGACAGUUAUUCUGCGGGAUAUCGCACAAUGUCUUCUGCUGGUCGACGAUAGGACUAUACUUUUCAAAGUUCUGAGUGGGCUGGAUCUGUACAUCAUUGGCAACGUUCUCGAGGAAGAUAACGAAACUGUGGUGAGAUUAAUUAUAUCAAUUUUUCUCUGGUUUCAAGAUUUCGAACUUCCGGUUCAAUGUAUCAAAAUGACUUGUUGAAAUCAGAAAAAAAAAAUCCUUUUCAGGAGUUUCUUUUCACUUCUUUUACAGCCGCGAUGGAAAAUAGCGCGGCGACAGACCAGUCGCCUACAGCUGAGGUUUCACCUUUUUUCUUUUACUUCAAGGUUAGCAAAGAAUUUCAAGAACUCACUGAAAACCAUCUCCGAGCACAAAUGGACUCAUGUCACUGUGGAUGAAGUUGAAUACGAAACAGUGUCCGCAGUACGUAGCCCACUUUCUCUGAGCCACUCUAUAGACCUAUCUUCGUCUUCAGAUCUGCAUUUCAAUAUUGUCCUGUCAUUAGUUAAGUGUUAGUUAUUUCGUAAAACUUCAUUAAAAAAAUUCUUGAAACACAGUUUGUCAAUUGGAUCUCAUCGAAAAUCAGCUGCUGCUUCGCUUUGAGAAAAUGUCCCUUGAACUCUACGAAUUUGUACUUUAUGAAAGUAGCGGAGACGAUGAACAAAGUAUGAUAAAGGUUUUCUUCUUUUCUAGAGACAUUUUUAAGGAUUUGCGGAAGAAGCUGAGCGAAGAGAUUUUUUGAAAAAGCAAGAGGCGUUCACAAAUCUCUUGAUGGCAUACUUGCAUCGUCAAACUGGAGAGAAAGCUUUCAUGAAGAUUUUGGAGUUAGUUAUAAAGUUUUUUUCUAGAAUAAUCUUUUAGUGUUUUCAGAAUUAUUCCAGCGGCUACUAAUGAAAAACCUCUUAUUCCCGUAUUUCUUUACACUGUUGAGCAAAACCUUUUUGUAAUAAUCAAGUCUCCAGUUGUAAUAGUGAGAAAGAUCAAUUUAAUUUUUUCCAGUCAAUAUCAUUUCAGGGAGCUUUGAGUCACCGCGUUUCUGGGAGUCUUGAACUUGUUCAACGCUUUAUUGGCUAUUAUCGAACUGGCAGAAAGUUUGAGGAUUUCGCUGAAUAUGUUGGACUUGCUAUUGAUCUUUUCAAACUCACGCUUCAUCUGAGUCUUUCAAGUAAAAAGUUUUUUUGAAUUUUUUUCAAGUUUAUUUAUUUUUCAGCAUUUCUCAGUGAAAGAUUCACAAAUCAGGGUCAACGAGGUAGUUAAACAUUAUUUGGAUGAAAUAUCUUCAAUUUCAUCUUCCAAGAGCACAAAAACGGAUAAAAAUGGUGCGGCAUUUAUAUAUCUUUCAAAAAAUAAAGGUAAUCUUCAGAAAGGAAAGUUUUGGAAGUCUACCUCCAAGCAGUUCCAAUGAUCAUUCUUGCGAAAAUAAGUAUAUCUCAAAAAAAGGUUGUUCAAACGUUGCUCAUCAAGUUAUAUUAGGUUCAGUUGAAUGAAGCCAUGAUCGAAGAAAUUUUUCGAAAAAUCAUACCGACGGAUGGAUGGUUCAUAGAAAUGUUCAUAGAAUUCUGCAAAAACUUUUUGAACGCGUGAGUAUCAAAAAGUGUAUUUGCUCUUAAAGUUCUGAGCAAUUUCAGGUGUGUAUUUUAUCAAAAAUUGCUUUUGAAAGUGGAUCAAUCAAGCCGAAAAAUCUCCGAACUCUUGGUUUGUUUUUUGAACUUCCAUCUCAACUACUGCCGAAGUCAUCCUGAAUUCCCCUUCAAAUUUUCAAAAAUUAUCCAAAAAUUGGAUUCUUUCGACGAUAACGAGGUUGGCUCCGCUAUUUCGGAUUGGUCAAAGAAUAAAAAUUUAGAUACACCAAGUGAGACUGGCUUACUUGGAAUACAGCAUGGAGUUGGACACAGAUUACAGCGAAGUUCUCAGUUUUGUGCUUCAAAAAACAGCCCGUGAAAAUCAUCUCAAGGCAAUUCUUGAGAUUUAUACAGCCUCACCCAACCACUGCAAAGUAUGGAAAAUUUCAAAGUUAAUCCACGUUUUUUUGAAACUUUCAGGCGACUAUUUUGAAGCACUGGAUCUCACUUCAAAAUCAGACAUUCAAAAAGCCGGUCUGCGAAUCUUUCCGGUCUAAUUGCUCUGUGUAAGUUCUUGUUUCUUACCUGAGAAGCUUUUCCAUGAUUACGUAAUCAAGAAAUGACGUCUUUUCAGGGUUAUCCGGCAUCCCGCCGCUAAUUCGAAUCCGUGUGAGAGAAAACGUGGCUCAACGGUUAAUUAUCAAGGUUGUUAACUAAUUCAUUAAACUUCGAAAAUUCAGUUUCAAGGAAAUUCACCCUUUGUCUAUGACUCUGGGACGGGAAUAACUUUCACGUUCAGUUUGCGUUUGUAUCACGACGGAGUGAGAAAACAAAAGUUGAAGGAAAGUUUGAAAAAUUUCCAGAUGAAGUCAGCGGCUACGAUAAAACUUGGUCGGUUUUCAAUAAAGAUCGUCUUCACGGAUGUUUCUGUCUGUCGCUUGAUGAUCCACUACAAAUCGAAAUGUAUCAGCGAGUGCGUUUUCAUUUUAUUUCAUCGAUUUGGCAUUUAA